AGAUCGGAUAUCCAUCGGAUAUCCAUCGGAUAAGACCGAAUAUACCUACGCAUAUUGAAGGAGUGCGUUACAGCUACGCGCACGUAACGCAUCCGUAGAAGGGUUGUUCUAUCUGUUUAGGGUUUAUUUCACCCCCAAAUUCAGACAGUACCAAAACGCAGGUCGCACCUCCGUGUCAGUUCAUGUUGUCAGUGAAUUCAAUUUCCGGAGCCGUAUUACUUGGGGCAAAUCGAUAAUUUCUGGUUUGUUCUGUGUGUGUCCCUUUCUUCGCUAUGGAGGAUAUGAAUCCGGGACCUAGAGAUCCUAGUGUUCUGCAUUUACAACCUAGUCACAGAUCUACAGAGAUUUGGAUAGCAGGAGGUGGUGACCCUCAGAGAUGUCGCCGUCGCAACCCGAAUCAGGAAAAGUUUCCUCGAUUACAUCCUAGAAUGAUUCCUUUGCUGCUACGAACGGGAUUUUAUGGCAUAGCUAGGGUGACGUCCCUUCAGCUUGAUUGGAAUCUGAUUAGCGCUUUGGUGGAGAGAUGGAGACCUGAGACUCACACAUUCCAUCUCCCAAUUGGAGAGUGUACAAUUACACUUCAGGAUGUAGCGAUACUUCUGGGUUUGCCUGUUGACGGGGAGCCAGUUGUCGGUGUAAGCCAAGCUGAGGGUGGGUCAUGGAGCGACAUCGUUGGGCAUGUGUUUGGGCAGUCACCUCCCCCCAACCGAUUUAAUGGAGCCAGACUUCAGUUGAGUUGGUUUCAGUCUAUUUUCCCGAAAUUAGCAGAUGAUGCAUCUGAGGAGGAGUUGAUACGUUACACACAGUCCUACUUGCUACAGUUGAUUGCAGGGACAAUGUUUACUGAUCAUUCGGGGGGGCUUGUACAUUGCAUGUGGGUACCUUUUAUCCAAGAUUUGGAGGUUUGCGGAAGAUAUGCUUGGGGUGCAGCUGUGCUUGCAUAUUUGUAUAGGGAGCUAUGCAAAGCUACCAAGAUAGAUACAGAAGAGAUUGCUGGUUGUCUCAUAUUGUUGCAGUUGUGGGCAUGGGAGAGAUUACCAACUAUUUCCCCAUUGCGCACCAAUCAUUCCUUAAUUGAUGAGGCAUUCUGGGCUGCACAUCCAAAAGGGCCACUUGGGUCGAGGUGGCUUGUUCGUCAUGCAUUUUCUGAGACGACUGGUCGUACUGUUUCACUUUAUCGAGUAGCUUUGGAUGAGCUUGCAUCCUCUCACUUCAUAUGGCAGCCGUAUAAUGAAAAAAUAUUGAGUGCAUUACCUGCAUAUUGUUUUACUGGUCAGGAUAUCUGGCGCUACCGCGGUCCUCUAGUUUGCAUAUUUAUUGUGGAACCGCACAUGGCUGAUAGAGUAUUGAGACAGUUUGGAAUGAUCCAGACCAUACCAACUGAUGCUCAAUAUUCACAUGAGAUGCAUCAGAUAACAUUGAAAGGCAAAGCCGAGUGUAAUUGGAUUCAAAAGCACCAGGCAAGUAUUACUAUCUGGAUGUCUCGUUUGGAUAACCUGGCUGGAGGAGUUGUUGGUGAUGGUGCAGUUACCGAGUAUAAUAAUUGGUACACUGAUAGGACUCGCAGAUUCCAUUCCUGCAUUGGUGGUAUUCAUGUAUACACGGGGGAUUUGCUGAGAAAAAUAGUCAGUGUUGCUAGGGGUGAGAUACCUGGGGAUGUGACUUCUAUAGCCCUAGAAGGUUGGCGCCACAUUCAGGUGCAGUCUCAUAUAGGGUUAUUUGCGGAUUUUCCCUUGGAUGACCGUCGGGAGAAAGAGGGGGAAGAGGGCACACAGGUGGUUCGAACAAAACGAAAGAAAAGGGCACGGAAGGGCUCUAACAAAUAACUAAAACAAAAUAGACUUGUUUAGGAAAUGCAUCCUUAUGUGUCCAACAUGCAUUUACAAUAGAGAUCAGAGGUCUCGUUGUGUGGAUUUACAGGGAACACAUACUAUACUCGCACAAUCUUAUUGUAAACUAAAGAGAAAAGUUGGAGCUGAAAUUAAUUAAUUAGUUUAUGGAUUUCUUCUUUCUUUUUA